AUAUAUACGUAUGAACCUAUAUGUAUGUAUAUAUCUUCAGACAAAUAACAAACUAAAUAAAUUAAAGUAUUAAACCACUUCAUAAAUCUUUUAUACACACCAGUACUUUUGGCGCGCAAAUUGAUCUUUAAAUUAUUUCAAAAUCCUGUUCAGUUUAUAUAAUCAAUGGAGCGAUACGAGCAGUACGAGAGAGUUUUCAACCACUUCGACUCCAACGGCGACGGCAGAAUAUCUCCGGCGGAGCUCCGGCAGUGCGUCUGCACAAUCGGCGGUGUGAUGACGGCGGAGGAGGCGGCGGCGGCGGUUGCUCUUACGGAUUCCGACGGAGAUGGGCUGAUGUGUUUGGAUGAUUUCGUGAAAGUAGUGGAAGGAGCUGGCGAAGAGGAGAAGACGAGCGAUUUGAAGGCGGCGUUCGGAAUGUACGAACUCGAGGGAAGAGGGUGCAUUACACCGGAGAGCUUGAAAAGAAUGCUGAGUAGAUUAGGACAACAGAGGAGCGUUGAUGAGUGCAAGAAUAUGAUUGCUCGUUUCGAUCUUAACGGUGAUGGUGUUCUCAACUUCGACGAGUUUAAGGUUAUGAUGUCUAGUACGUAGUUGAUCGAUAAUCAUAUGGAUACAUAUACGACGACGCCGUUUGUUGUCAUGUAGUUUUAUGUAUGAAUAAUAGAUUCAUCAUUGAUUUGUUGAAUUUGAAUUUGAUUUGUAUUCUUUGUAUUCUUUGUUGUUUGAUAUUCUUUCUUUAUAGUAAAUAUUAAUGAUCAAUUUUAUUUUAAUUU